GCCUCGUUCUGAAUAAAUGUUUGCUUCCUGCUCUUCUAUUCAUUAGGAGGAAAUACAUUAAAAGGCGACGAAAUUAUCUUUAACAAGCAAUAUGUAAAAGUUAUAGCAAUAUAAGAUUUUGAUUGACUGGUGGCAGAAGGGGUAUGUUAUAUAAAGUGGCAUUAAGACCUUGCAGACAGAUCUAGACUUAACAAUAACAUGCUGAAGUUGCAAUUACAGUUUGAUGAAGGCCCACAUGUAAUCCCAUAUUGACGGUUGUAGAACUCAUACCAACAGAUUUCACUUUGGGAUAUAAUGGCAAGUUGGGAUGAGAAACUUCUGAAAGCUGCAAAGGAGGGAAAUAUAAAAGAGGUAGAAUCAUGUGUAAAGAACAGAGCUAAUUUGGAAUGUAGAACCAAUGAUGUGGUUGGAAGGACACCAUUAAUGUGGGCCGCUCGGGGAGGACACCUGGAGGUGGUGAUGUACCUCGUCUCUCAGGGCAGUCAGUUAGAGGCCACAUCCGGGAAUGGAUACACAGCUUUACAUCAAGCUGCUGGGAAUGGACAUAUUGAUGUUACAAAAUUGUUAUUAGAUCAAGGAUGCAGUCCUUGGGUGAAAACAGAAAAGGGUGAGACUCCUUAUGAUGUGGUAACAAUGGAAAGCUAUGAUUCUGAAGAGAUAAAAAGGAAGAAGAAAGAAGUGAUGGACUUCCUAAAGACUGCCAUGUCAAAGACAUCCCCAGAAUUGACUCCUGACAACCAAUCACAGGAACCUGCAGCACCAGUAGUUGGAGAUCCCAUCGGAAAAGGGCAACAGUCUGCCAUGUUAAAUCGUUUAUUAGGCAAUGGCAGCUAUGAAUCAUUUGAUAUGAGAUGCAUGGUAACGGGCCAGUUUUCCGUUGGGAAAUCUACUCUUGUGAAGCUGUUAGCUGGUGAUAUUGUACUAGAUGGUCGACAGCCGACUGACGGCAUUUCUCUCGUAGAAGGUCGCUGUGGCCUCGACAUUGAGACGAAAGAAUGGAUUCUAAUUGAUCCAGACUCUUAUAACGCCCUGGAUGUUGUAUACAACAAAGUGUUAAUGACCUCUCUCAAAGAAGAGGAGAGUGAACUCACUGAAAAGUUCAAUCAGGCUUCAGAUACAAGUCCAACUGGUUAUGCCAAAGCCACACUGUCCUCUAUGCCCUCAGAAAAGUCGGCAGCAGCACAAUCUCUACCACCUGAGAAAUCCUCCAAUGUGCCUCUCACGGUAAAACAGAUGGGAAAGAAAAUGAGAACAAGAAUGACUAAAGAGGAAAUAAGAAGGAAAAUGGAAAAAGUCCUCAAAAGUGGGAAGUAUAAGAUGAAAGUUGGGCGUCUUAUCUUCUGGGACUUUGGUGGACAAUAUGUUUAUCUAACAACACAUCAGACCUUCAUGACGUUCCGGGCGUUGUUUCUUGUAGUAUUUGAUGGAAGCAAAGAUUUGCAUGAACAGGUCCCUGAUGUGAUGUGUUUUCCAGGGCAGCACAUGACACCAACGCCAGCAGUAUUCUUGCAAUAUUGGGUCAAUUCCAUCCUGACCUAUUGUAAGGUUGUAUAUGCAGGCAUUCCAAAGAUCUUGUUUGUUGCCACUCACAAAGAUAAAGUAUCACCGGAGAAUGUUGAGACACGACGAGAAGAGCUUUACAGUGGAAUUGAGGAGUUGUUUAAAGACCAUGAGGGACAACAUCAUCUGGUCCUUAGGCCUCUAAUAUUUGUUAAUGCAAAAAAUCAAGAUGACCCAGAAAUAGGAGUUCUGAAGAAAUCAAUAACAGAACUUACAUUCGACCACCCAUGCUGGGGUGAAAGAAUGCCCAAUGCUUGUGUUCCACUAGAGCUUGAGAUCGCUGAAUUAGUGGCAGAGGGAAAACAAAUUAUGCCAUUGGCUGAAGUUAAAGAAUUAAAUGCCAUCAGUGAGGUGUCUGUCCUAUCUCCUGAGCAGCUGACUGAUUUCCUUCAUUUUCAGCAUUCUCUAGGGAAGAUUGUGUAUUUUGAUACCCCACAACUGAGAGAUAAUGUUAUCAUCAGUCCCCUUCUUAUGGUGGAAGUUAUGAGAUCUUUCAUUACAGAUGUUGAAUUCUGGCCAAAAGAAGAGAAAACCAGGAAAACCUUCAAAAAGAUGUCUAUAAAUGGAAUGAUACAAAAAUUAGACCUCUACCAGAUUUGGGAGCAAGAAGAAUUCCGUCAGAUUUUACCAUUUAGAGAGUACAUAUUUGAUAUGCUGAUACACCUAGAUAUCGUAUCUGAACAGCGUAGAUAUGAUACAAAAACAGGAAGUCGUCUACCAGUGGAACACUUCUUUGUUCCCUGUAUGCUAACACAAAGACACGAUACAGAUUACUUGACACACGAAUGUACACCAGAGAGGACACUUAGUUUGGCCUUUGUUUUCAAAGGAACCAUCAUACCUCCAGCCUUACCAAACCGUCUAAUAUGCGCAUGUCUCAUUAUGUGGACAUUAAAAGAAUACCGUGGUAGGAAACUUAUGUUUUCUGGGUUUGUUGGGUUAUCAGUUGAUAAAGAGCAUGAUAUUGUUAUCUGUGUAGAAGGAAACAAGAUCUUAUUGUACCUAGUCCACAAGCGCUCCAAGGGGUUGAUAAUACCUGAAAUAGCCACUAGUGUCAGAGAAUGCUUGUUUAUUACUUUGGAGAGAAUUUCAGAAUUUUAUCAUUCCACUAUUCAUUGUAAAACUAGCAACAAGCUACCAUUUCAUACAGAGUAUUCCUGUUCAAAAUUAAGCUGUUUCAGUCCAGAUGAAAAGAUAGGUGUUGAAACAAAGGAAUGUUUUUGCAAACAUGGUGAAAACAUAAAACACUAUUGGAGUAUCUGGAACCAGAAAGAGGAACGAGUGCAGUGCGAUUCUGAUUGUACAGGUUUAAGUGUAGAUGCUUUAUGUCAGGCUCCAAGUAAUCCAGAGUUGCUUCGUUUUUCUAUUACUUGCACUAAACGCAUGAUACAUGAUUUAGCUCUGCAUCUUGGAAUGGAAGAGAUGGAAUGGUGUGAUAUGGAAGACAACUACCCAGAUAAUGCACAGAUAGUCAAGUUUUUAACACUUGUAUAUUUGAAAGAAAAAAAUUCAGCCAAGUUUGCAGACUUAGAGAAAGGUUUAAGAAAGUUAGAAAUAACAACACACAAACUGUGUAUGGUUAAGAGGAGAAAACGAGUAAAAUCUAGUAUUCCUGGUGAUAUCUUAGAUUGCAUUCCUACAGAUGAAAUAUUAGAUAAAGUAGCACCAUUGAUUGGUAAUAUGGUCUUUCAGCUAGGAACAGAACUUGGAUUGUCAGUCACAGAUAUAGAGAACAUAAAAGUGAAAUACAAUCGUGAUUCGCCAGCCCAGAAUAAGGAAGUAUUAUUUACCUGGAGGAAAGACAGAGGAGUGAAACCUACACUACGGGUUCUUGAAGAAGCUUUGGUAAAUAUUGGGAGAGGAGCAAACUGUUUAGAGAACAUGGUGAUUGAUGUGGAUCCCAAUACACUUAAAGUAGUAGAAAUUGUUACAGACAGAAUCAGAGAAAAUGAAAACAGAAUCAUACAAGAAAUAGAAACAAGCCAGAUUUUAGAUCAUAUGAUGACACAUCUGGUGUUAUCAGUAGAUGACAGACGCCGUAUUGAACAACAUGCCGGACAAGAUGACCAGAACAAAGCAUUGCUGGAUAUUGUGAUUAAAAGGAGAGAACCUGCGUAUGGUGUAUUUGUUGAAGGAUUAGAUGCCUAUGGAUAUGAAGAGCUUGCAAAUGAUUUAAAAUGUGAUUCACAAGAAAUGACCCAAACUGCAGCAUUAGUACCUGCAGAGAAUGAAGACUUAUCAGACUGGAAUAUUCCAUUGUAUAAAGUUCGUCUACAGAAGAAUUUCCUCAAGGUCAUCACUGGUAUACAACACGAGAGCAUAGUAGAUCAUCUAAUAACAAGAGAGGUAUUGUCAGUUGAUGAUGGGGAAAAGAUAGAAUCUGGUAAAACCACUCAGGAAAAGAACAGGAAGUUAAUGACAUUACUGUUACGUAAACAUGAACAGGGAUAUAUUGAGUUUCUCAAAGGUCUACGAAAAGACUUUGUGUAUGCAGAUCUUGCAGAUGAAAUAGAAAGGACAGCAGUUACAAGUAGGGAUAUGUCAACUCUUCAGACAUGCUAUAAAUAAAAAAAGUUAAGAUAAUUUAACAAUACUGUACACAACAAGUACAAGACAGCUGUAAACAAUCAAUAAGAUAAGAUAUUGGGAAUCCAUUGUUCAAUGAGUUGAUCACUUAAAUGAUCUAUGUGCAUGAAUCACAAUAUACUAGUGAAAGCAAUCUUUUAUAUUACACAUAUGUAAUGUGUGAACGUCAUGGGAAGAAAAAGCCAAAAUAUGUAGCAAGACCUCUUACGAGUGUUCAAUUCUUAAUAGAUGUGUUAAUUUUGAAAGAGUCAUGACAUAUAAUGUCAGUGUAUUUAGAUAGAACUAUUGAAAAUAAUGCUCUUUGAUCACCUCCGGCUAGGGGUACAAACCUCAGUGCUUUUGAUGAUUUAGACUUUUGUUAACAAGCAAUUCGAAGAAAUAAUAGCUCAUGACAACAGAGAAUUGUUGACUAUCAAGCUGGUGUAAGCUCGUAAACGAAACAUCCACCAUCAGUGGCAUCAACCUGGUAUACACUCACUUAAACAUACCAAGUUUAUUUUUUGUGAUGCCAUAAGCGCCCAAGUGAGUAAAUUCGAUGCGUUCAGUAAUCAAUUAACCUUGAAAUAAUAUGUUUGCAUUUUAUUAAUUAAAACCAUUUACUAGAUGACCAGAUGAGAUCAACUCGUGUUUUCAGAAUUAUUCAUUUAAGUGUAUUUUUACAUUUUAAAGCACAAUGCUAGAUUGAAAUUGUUUGUACAAACAUCGCAAGUAUUAUUCUUCCUGUGUAUAUACAUAUUCAUCUAUAUCUGUUCCCUCUCUAGAUCUGUAAGGGAAAUGUCAUAACUUGAUACAAUAUACUAAAUGUACUUUUUUGAUAAAUUUUGAAUAACCUGGAUAGCUGCAAUUAGAUUUGUACUAAUUUCAUUUCAUUCAAAACUUUGCAGGGUAAUCUUGACAAUUUCUAUGUUAAUCAAUAGUAAAUCUAGGUCUAGAUUUUAAGUCUAAUGAACUAUUAAGUAUGCACAAAUGAAAAACACUGAUUUAGAGAGAGAUUGUUGUUAACAUGGUUAAUGUGUUUCUGAUUUUGUUUACAUUAGCUUGUUGUACAUUGUGUUUUUCAAACAGCUACUUUUAAAUGUACAUUUGUAAAUACAAAUUUAAAUAUCUCUUCAUAAAUAGAGUUUUUAACAAAAAUGCAUGAUGUUUACCUAUUAUGUAAAUAUAGUUUUUGCUACAUAACAUGGUCUUCCACAACUAGUGUUUCUUACAUAAUGCAUCUGAUUUAUAUAAUGUUCUUAUCUUUCAUCCAUUAGAAUAAGGAUUUGAAAUCCAAACAGAUCAGUGGUAAAUGUUUUAUUAUAUUAGGCCACUUUUUUUUUAUUAGUUGGUUUACGGAUCCGCCGACCCUGUUUUUCACGAUAUUGAAAUAAAAAUAAAAACGAUUUUGAUGAUUUUUUAAUUUCGCCGACCUUUUUCUGUUUGAAGAAGUACAAAUAAAAAUAAAAACAUGAUUAAAAAAAGAUCGGUCUUUCUUCUUCCAGUCGGAAUACCCUCGGAGUUGAUUCGGAAAUCCCGUGCGGUUCCCUGUUCAGUGAACGUUUCAUGAUGAUCUAAUGUGGUGAAAAGGAACCAGUUGAAAGGCGGUUCCCUGUUCAGUCAACGUUUCAUCAUGAUUUAAUGCGGUGAAAAGGAACCAGUUGAAAAUGGAGGCAACUUCCAAGCAAGGACCAAAGCUCAUAAACUCGGCAAUCAAUGUUACACGCAGGCCUUCGGGAAAGUUCGGAGAGCCGACAACCUUGCUUCAGAAGUUGAAAUGGAGGACCAGAUACGAUUUUAAUAUUGUUGCCUUGGAGAUUUUCGGUGUAAAUCUUAACGGUUGAACAAAAUAAACAUCGCAGUCAUGAAUAAUAAAAAUGAAAAUUAUUUUUGAGAUGGUUUGGGAAGUUUGGUUUAAAAGGUCGAACAACCGCUAAUUUGAAACCCUGUUUUAGACAGUCAGUGAGGUAGACGGCGGGUCAACUUUGGUUUAAGUGUUGAUCAGAAAGUCUGAAACCCGUCGAAAGGGGUUGUUUUAGUUUCUUGAGGAUUGAGCUGCAUUUGUCAUUACAUAUAUGAGGUACAAAUAAUUAUGACGUCUGGCAAGGCUUUCUGGCAUCCAAGAUUUGUUUUAAAUAGCCUUGCCAGACGUCACUUUAUAAGGGAAGAAUCUUUUAACUUGCUGCCAGGGAUGGGUGUCUGAUUAAUUGGCCUUAUUAAAUAAAUACCU